AUGGACUCGAUCAAUCUAGGUCACCUACCGCGCUGCUUGCGGGACGUCGCCAUCAUCGCCCCGCGCCUCAGCGUCAACCACCUCUGGGUCUACAGCCUGUGCAUCAUCCAGGACGACUGGGAGCACCAGUUCCCGCGCAUGUCCUGGGUUUACAAGAACGCGAGCGUCGUCAUCGCCGCCGCCGCCACCGGUAUCUGCCAGGACUCCUUCCUCGGCGAUGAAGAGGACGAUGAGAGAAUGCGACGCCCAGAACCGUUCGUCAUCCGCGACGCCCACCCCUGCCAGCCCGUGCGCGUGCGCACCCGCGCUGUCCCGACCAUCGGCCUUCACGAGGACCUGCAGUCCUUCUACAGCGCGCGCGACUCCCUCGACUACCGCAAACGCCUCCUGGCCACGCGCAUCCUCGUCUUUUCGCGCACAGAGCUGCAGUGGUCGUGCCAGGCCCUGCAGGCUUGCGAGGGCGGCCACACGAGCUCCCCCAACCACCCCUUCACCCCGCUCAUCACGCUCGACACAGCCAAGAAGGCGUAUUUGCUCUGA